UCGAGCUAGCGUUUCCAAGGGGACCUUUUAUGGUGACGGACGCAGUAGUGGCGAAGCUUGAGCGUUCCGGGUUCUCCUGCCAAGCAGCCAACGACGUUGGGAGAGGGGCGCUUGGUGCAUUGGAACGUUCGAAAUGAAGCUCUCAGGGGCUAUCCUUGGCCAUGGUGGCUAUGACUCUGAUUUUAGCGAUGAUGAAACAGGAGAGAAAGCUGACAAGCAGAAAAACAGAAAUGAAGAUGCAUUACUUAAAAAGCCCUUCCAGAAGGAAAAACAGAGCCAGGUGGCUCACAGACAAGUGGCGACAGAUGAAUGGGACAGGGAAGAAGCAAGAAAUCGAAGAUUUCAUUUAAUAGCAAUGGAUGCUUAUGCAAGACACAAGAAAUUUGUGAAUGACUAUAUUUUAUACUAUGGUGGUAAAAAAGAAGACUUCAGACGUUCAGGAGAUAAUGACAAGACUGAUCUUGAUAUUAUAAGAGAAAACCAUAGAUUCCUGUGGAGAGAAGAAGAUGAAGCUGACAUGAACUGGGAGAAGAGGCUUAGUAAGAAAUACUAUGAUAAAUUAUUCAAAGAGUAUUGUAUAGCAGAUUUGAGUAAAUACAAAGAGAACAAGUUUGGAUUUAGAUGGAGACAUGAGAAAGAAGUUGUAUCAGGAAAAGGUCAGUUUUCCUGUGGAAAUAAGCACUGUGAUGAAAAAGAAGGUUUAAAGAGUUGGGAAGUGAAUUUUGGUUAUGUAGAGCAUGGUGAAAAGAAAAAUGCUCUUGUUAAAUUAAGGCUCUGUCCAGAAUGCUCUUAUAAAUUAAACUUUCAUCAUAGGAGAAAGGAGGUCAAGCCAACAAAAAAGAGAAAGAGCACAGAAGAAAGCUCUAAAAUGUUAAAUUGUAAGAAGUCAAGAUUAUCCACUCCACACCAACAAAAGUCAAAGAAAAAGAAGAGCCAUAAAGAUCAAACAUCGUCACAAGAAUCAGACACUUCUGAUGCAGAUUCUGAUAAGAGUUUUCAACAAGAUGGUCCUUCAGAUGCUGAGUUCUGGAAGGGUCCUCCACAAGACACAGAAGAGAAAACACGGGAGGAAGAAUUUGAUGAGUACUUUCAAGACUUGUUUCUCUGAAAUGCGAUGUACUACUCUGAAACUGUUUUCAUGAAUCAUCAACAUCUGUAAAUAAAAAUCAAGCUUUCACAUUUCAUAACA